AUUAUAAGUCCAAAUCAAGUUCCAGUUGAUAUUCUUAAAAUGGUUAUUCCAGAAAUACUUAUAGCGAAAUGUUAUAUAUAGGGCAAUGAAUCAACCAUCUGAAAUAUUUAUAAAUAUAUAUUUUUUUAUCUGUAAUAUCAGUAUCGUUUAUUAAGAUAAAAAAAAUUUCAAAAAUUUAGUACAUGUAUGUUAACGGUGUACUGAAUUCAAUUCAAGGUCUAGUGACGUCAUGACGCACAGUCAUACGUCGGCACAAACCCCGCCCACCGGCGAGAGUGCGCGCGCGCGCGCACGCACACAUACACACACAUUUCCAUUGUCCAAGAUGGCGGCGUAGGUGCAGCGGUAUACGAUGCUCGUGUUUUCGUCGCGUUUUCAGCGCUCCCCUCGUUUUCCCUACACGGCGCGUUGAUCGGUGCUCGGCAGCGCGUUUCGUUUCCCCCCGCUUCCACCCUCGGCUCAACCUCUUGAUGUGCAACGCGCCGAAAACCGCGGACUUUGGCGUGCAUCCGGUCUGCAUUCUGUUUGGCUCGGGGUAAAAAAAAAAAAGUUUGGAGCAUCCGAAAAUGAAAAGGCAGGCCGAGCGGGACUCCAGUCCGAACCGAGCUCUUGCAAAACGGAUACGGGAGAGAGAACGAGAGCGCGAAGGGAGCCGCAGGGAAGAUGUUGCAGCGGUCAAUCCGCCGCCGCCGCCACCGCUCGCGCUGCUUCUCGGAGAGAGCCGGAGCUACCAGAAGCAGCAGCAACAACAACAGCAGCAGCGCCCGCGGAGCCGCAGCGGCGAGCGGGAGAAGCCCCGUGCGCGGGAAGAGCGAGCAGGCCUCCUCCCGCGGCCUCCGUCCAUCCUCCCGAAGAGCAAAGUCGCCAUCGCGGACGCUCUGGCUAGCAGCAGAGGGGCGAGUGGCCUGGAGUACAAGACGCUGCUUAUAAGUAACCUGGGCUCGCAGCUUUCCGACGAGCACGUGGAGGAUGGACUGUUUCACGAGUUCAAGAAGUUCGGGGACGUCAGCGUGAAACUCUCGCACACGCCCGAACUGGGCCGGAUCGCCUACGUGAAUUUCCGGCAGCCGGAGAGCGCGCGGGAGGCGCGCCACGCCAAGGCCAGGAUCGUGCUGUACGACCGCCCGCUCAAAAUCGAGCCCAUGUACAUGCGGCGUCGCAGCCUCACGCCUCCCGACGUCGCCGCCUACGCGCCUCUGCACGGCCCGUAUCCCUACAGGCAACGCUCUCUGUCCCCUGGGGCCAGCGCGAUUCGGGACGUGCGAGCCAGACAUUACGUGGAUGCUCUGAGUUUGAGGGAACGUGAGCGCGUUUUGGACUAUUACACCGCUUUGGAAGAGCGAACCCGUGCCUUCGCGUACCCCCUACCUGAGGAAGAUUUAAUGCCCGAGGAUGACCAGCGCGCCACCAGAAACCUGUUCAUUGGCAACCUCGACCACAACGUGUCCGAGGCCGAGCUGCGUCAAGGUUUUGACAAGUACGGCAUCAUCGAGGAAAUUGUCAUCAAGAGGCCUGCUCGUGGACAAGGCUGCGGUUACGGGUUCAUCAAGUUCCAGAACCUGGACAUGGCGCACAGAGCCAAAGUAGCCAUGCAGGGACGUGUUUUUGGUGGAAACCAGGUAAAGAUCGGCUAUGGCAAGGCGAACCCUACUACACGCCUCUGGGUGGGCGGUUUAGGCCCUAACACCUCGCUGGCGGCUUUGGCGCGAGAAUUCGACCGCUUCGGCAGCAUUCGCACUAUCGAUUAUAUGAAAGGGGACAAUUUCGCUUACAUCCAUUACGAGAGCCUGGAUGCGGCCCAGGCGGCAUGUGCACAGAUGCGAGGUUUCCCUCUGGGCGGACGCAGGCUGCGUGUUGACUUCGCCAAAGCAGAGGAGACACGAGCGUACCCUCAGCAGUACGCGCCGCCCAUCCCUCUGCCCCCACAUUUUGAUAUUCUAGCCGAAAGCUUUCGCCACCGGAGCCUGGAGCGGGAAAUCCGAGCACGAGCCCGCUCACCUUCCCAUCCUCUUUAUGCAGAAAGAGAACGAGAACGUGACCGAGCGGUUCCAGAACGAGACUGGAGUCCACCGAAAGGUACAGAGCGGAGAAGUAAUCCAGAAGCUUUUGGUCGUACGAGAGCACGCAGUCGUAGCAAAGAGCGCUGGGCAAAAGGCUGGGAGGAAAGACGCAAACGUCGGAGUAGGAGUCGGAGCGCCACUCCUGCCGAACAGCACGAGGAAAGGGGGCGUUCUAGAGUUAAAGCAGUUCCUCCAAAAACUCCAGACGACAGUCCUGAACGAAAUCGCGGCCGUCUCCCUGACUCCACGUCCGAUCCGCAUGACAACACGCCUGACAGCAGUCGCCAUUCAAGCGACGAACGUCCGACACAGGACGCCCGGAAAGCUGCAGAUCCCGAGCGCAACCAUCGCAAAACCGACACAGAGCCAGAUUCGCACUCCGAAAAGCCCAAAAGCGAACCCAAAAAGCCCAGCACGCUCUCCGAAUACGCCCAAACCCUCAGCCGAGUGUGGCACGGUUCGCUUGUUCUAAAAAACAGUUGCUUUCCUACUAGCAUGCAUCUCCUCGACGGAGGAGCCAACUUCUUCCUUUCGCUUCUGAAGGACCAGACGGACAGCGGCAAAAUCACACAGCUCAAGAUCGCUCAGCGGCUGCGGCUCGACCAACCCAAGCUGGACGAAGUGAGUCGGCGAAUCAGGCUGGGCGGUGCCGACGGCUACACCGUCCUCCUGGCUGUCCAGGGACCCAUGGAUCGCGACUCGCCUCCGCCCGACGGGCUUCAGAAGCGCUUCCUUCGCAACCUGGUGACCUACCUCAGGAGCAAACAAGCAGCUGGGGUCAUCGGUCUUCCUUUAGGCGGCCCGAAAGAACGCGAGACAGGCGGGAUGCUGUACGCGUUCCCACCUUGUGACUUCUCUCAGCAAUACCUUCAGACUGUUCUCAAAACUUUGGGCAAAGUGGAGGAGGAGCAUCUGGUUGUUGUGGUGGUUAAAGACUCGACUCAGCCCUAACCAUGAUCUACUGUUUUCUUUUGAAAACACACACUUUUAAUUUUUUUUAAACAAACACUCCAAACUUUAUGUUGCAGGUGAACAGCUGUGUUAAUGGAUUAUGCUUGAUAUGCUUCCAUUCAAAAUUCGCCAAACCGUGAAGAUCUAAUGUUCUCAUUACACACUAUUUUAAAGCAACUUACUUUUUAUUUCUUUGUUGUUGGUCUGUGUUUUUUGUUUUUUUUGUAUACAUGAGAAUUUUGACAGACGGUUGCUUUUAAAUUGUUGUUUUUAUUUUUUAUUAUCGACUUUUAGUUCCUGAUCUGCACCUCUUUUUCAGAGCGUUUUCCGAGGUUCCUCUCCAGCUAACUAAAACAAAGUUCUGACUCAAAUUGAUGCCUUUUCUUCCUCUUUUUUUGUUUUAUGUUUUCAGUAGCUUCCUGACUCCUGUGCAAUUUUAACAAUGGUGUUUGUCUGUUUCGUUAUCCUGACAGACCGUGUGCAUUUUAGGACCAAUUACAGGGAAGAGGGACGUUCUUCAUGAUGGGCAUCUACCUCUGGAAUGGUUUUAGAUCAUGUUUGUAUUUUCCUUCCAACAGAAUGUUUUUGGAAAUAUGUCUGACAAACGCACUCAGCAUUACCACACAAUGUUCAAGGAGAGAUGCUGGUUGUAACAUUCAACACUAUUUUCUUGCCCUGGGGCGGGUGGGAGUGUAAACACUACGACGUGUGCAUUAGUGUGACGUUAAUGCAGAACGGUUUUAAGGUUCUUUUUACAGCCGAAUGAAACCACAGCAAGCUAUUUGUUGUAUUUUAAUUUUUUUUUUAAGAAAACAUACACAAAAAAAAAAAAACAACCAAGCUGAUAUUCCAGUCGAACACUGUGCCAACAACUAGUUUUUUUGCGAAUGAUUCCAGUAAUUCAACACUAUUUCAAUUGUUCGCUCACUUUGAAACUGUAUUGGAACACAUUCCUCAUCCGAUCUCCGACACUCCACUUGUUAUACCAUGUGCAGCUUUUAUUAUUAUUUUGUUUUUUUUCUUUAGUUGUUUUCCACAAUGUGUUUUGAAUGAUUUAUGCUAUGUAUGGAGAAAAAAAUACAUGUAAGUAAACAUUUCAAAUUCUUGUUUUUAA